CUUCUCAAUGGCCAAUGAGAACGUCCUUCAUCCGGGCCAUGUUUAACAUACGGCUUCGGUUGAUAUCUGGAAAAUCCUCCUUUACCCUCAUUGCUGAAGUUAUACAGCGUUAAUGACUGAGGAUAAACUGCUCAAGCUGAUACCAAGUGGUAGGAGGUUCUCCUAACUUUUCAGCUCGCUUUUUGUGGAGACUGAAGUGUUGUCAAGAGUGUCAUGACUACUGACUGCCGACUAGAUAUCCACCCACCGGUAGCCGGGUUUGUUUACAGGUAGUGGUGUGAAGACUCUGGCGUGUUGCCAGUCAGACGACUUAGUUAAGGCAAACAGAUAACGCUAAGUUAUCUGUUUGAAAGUAAAGCUUAGUGAACACAGCUCAGGUAAAAGCUGCCGUUAGGAACCAAAACAGUGUGGUUUUACUGUUUCGCUGCGGGUGGGCUAACAGUAGAGUUAGCUGUUCAAAUUAGUAGAUGUCACUGUUUACCUUAUGAAAGCAGCAUUUUUAAUAUGUGGUUACAGUUUUACGUUACAUAGGUGAUCAAAUUUUCAGAAGGAUAGCUUGGUAGCAGAAGCCAAACUGCCACUAUGAGGAUUUUAAGGACUUUAAUGAACAGCGCUUCUAUCGGGAAGCUGGUUGACCAGUAUUCCCGAUUCUCUCCGUCGCCUCUUUCGAUGAAACAGUUUCUGGAUUUCGGUUCAGAAAAUGCGUGUGAGAAAACGUCGUUUAUGUUCCUGAGGCAGGAACUGCCAGUCAGACUGGCAAACAUUAUGAAAGAGAUUAACUUGUUACCUGAUAACCUGCUGAGGACGCCUUCGGUGCGCUUAGUGCAAAGCUGGUACAUUCAAAGCCUCCAAGAUAUCCUUGAGUUCAAGGAAAGAGAUGCCAGCGAUGAAAAAGUGAUAUUUGAUUUCACAGAUGCUGUGGUAAAGAUCCGCAACAGACAUAAUGAUGUGGUUCCCACCAUGGCUCAGGGAGUGGUUGAGUACAAGGAUACCUACGGCACUGACCCAAUAACUAGCCAAAAUAUGCAGUACUUCCUGGACCGCUUCUAUAUGAGCAGAAUCUCCAUCAGAAUGCUCCUCAACCAGCACACCCUGUUGUUUGGAGGACGAGUGCGGGUGAAUCCAGCUCAUCCUAAGCAGAUAGGCAGUAUUGAUCCUCACUGUCAUGUUACUGAUGUGGUUAAAGAUGCAUAUGAAAAUGCUAGAACAUUAUGUGACCGAUACUACAUGAAUUCACCAGAAUUAAACCUGGAAGAAUUCAAUGUCAAAGAACCUACUAAACCCAUAACUGUGGUUUAUGUGCCAUCCCAUUUGUAUCACAUGGUAUUUGAAUUAUUCAAGAAUGCCAUGCGAGCCACAAUGGAGCUGUGUGGAGAUGCUAUGGAGUAUCCUCCGAUUUGUGUUCGGAUCACCCUGGGCAAUGAAGACCUUACUGUAAAGGCUGGUUAUGGCUAUGGUCUUCCCAUCUCCAGACUUUAUGCUAGGUACUUUCAGGGGGAUCUGAAGCUCUACUCACUUGAGGGCUAUGGCACAGAUGCAGUUAUAUACAUCAGAGCACUUUCUACAGAGUCGAUCGAAAGGCUCCCAGUAUAUAACAAGUCAGCAUGGAAACAUUACAAGACAAUCCAUGAGGCAGAUGACUGGUGCGUGCCAAGCAAAGAGCCCAAAGACAUGACCACCUUCCGCAGUAUUUAGAGCUCUGUACUUCAGGCAUCAUCCAUGGUCUAGAAAUCACCACCCCUGGGUCUCGGCAUCAAGACACAGCAGAGACAAGGGCUUCAUCAAAUGGGAACAUUUUUAUUGCAGUGUAGUGGAUAAUUGUGUAUUAGGAUGCUUUGUAGAUAUUAUGACCAGUCUUUGCACUACUGGGAAAAAAAGUUUUGUUUGCAGUUGCAUUGUAAAUUAGCUUGAGUGAUCCAUUAAUUUUCUAGUGCCAUGCAUCCGAUAGAUAUACAACAUGUCUUAGUUUAAAUGCCUUUCAGGUAUGUAUUGGUGUUACAGGUCGAGCAGUAUUAUGUACUGCUCCAUGAUGCUUUCUAAACAAAGGUAUUACUUUAUAAAAUUAAUUAUUUAUUUUAGUUUUGGAAAAACAUUUUCGGAAUUGUUUACAACAAUGCAUGUAUCACGUUACUCCGAAUUCUGGAAGGUGUUAUCCUUGAAACCAAACACUAAUAGGUCAUCAGGCUAAUGCUGAAAGGAUCAACUGACUCUUAUGUAACAUAGACCGAGUGGUCUGUGGUGUUAAUUGUCACUGUUCAGCUAAUUAUGUGAACUGUCUUAGUUUUUCUUAACACACAUUGGAACUUUCUGCAAAAGUGUUUCAUCUCCAGAUCAUUUCUCAUGUGUAUUAAAGACUUAUUCUCAGUUUUAAUGCUUAUGCGUUAAUCUGAAAUACAACCAAAUUUUCAUUGCAUCACAUUCCAUUAUGGGCUAAGUGUUUAUAUUGUGGGUUUAUUUUUCUCCUCAGCUUUGAGAGCGGAGUGUGCAAUGAUAAUGGUAAUGUACAGAGUUGAAAUGGAUGUUUUUAACUCUCUGAUACUUUGUAUAGCCAAGGGUCAUAUUACCCUGCUGCUUUGUAUUGAAAACCUUUUAACAGGAGCAUGAGUGUGAGCUGUGCUUCCAUUCACCAUGAUUAUUUAUAUUAAAUGUAAAACUGUUAAAUUAUAGGGCAGAUCAAGUGUACAGUUGUUUGAUACCCAUUUUGAUGUUGCAACAAAAUAAAGGGGGAGGGGAGUACCCCAACUGGUCAAUAG